UCUUUUUUUCUUGUAUUAUUUUCAUAAAAUUAUUUUGCUAAAUAAAUGAGAAAUGUUUGGAACAUAUUAGUAUGAUUUUGAUCAACGAAAUCGAUGCAAUGCAAUGAUAAACAAUAAUUAUUACCGUCGAUUGACUAGAUAGAAUGGUCUUUUCUUAAAAUGACACAUGUCCAACUAACCCGGUUAAAUGAUAGAAUUUGUGCCCUUUACUGUCAUUCUUAGUAGCAAAUGAAAAAAGAAAUAUCUCGGUUGUAUCUUGCCUAUAUUUUCAUUUGAUUGGUCUCAAAUACCUACAAUGUUGCUCAUUUAUAAUCCCAUUUUACCACAUUAACGGUUUUGGCAAUGAAAUCACUGGUCGCCAUGUUAAUGAUAAAAUCCGAGAUAUUUCGAGUGCAAAAUGGCAGGCAAAUUCAAACAGAGACACUUUUUGCCUCUGCUGGGGUUUGAACCAGGGUCCUCUGGCACGCCAGUCAAGCACUCUACUGAGCGAGAUAAAGGGUUAACCCACUAGCCAGAGCUAGUAGGAAUGCAAUAUACCUGACUCUACCACAGAUAUAUUAACAAAAUGCCUUUGUAUGACCCAUUAUAUUAAUAAUGAAUAUUUUGUGGACUUAAUUACAUAUGCAUUUUCAAAAAGGUUUGUAAUAUAAAUGCUGUGUUUUACCCCUGCAGAUUGUUUUUAACAGACUUAAAGUCGAUGCGAAGCAGAUCCGCUUUGCAGCUGCUACAUUGCAAGUAUAUGGGACGAAUUCUUACUGUGACCUGAGCGUAGCCUGGUCACGCUUAUGUAAGUUAUAAAGCAGUCAACUAAAAAGAUGGCAGCUUAUUCAAGGGGGAAAAUUGCAAAACAACGAAUAAGCCCUAAAAGAGAGGCAGAAUUUAUGUGUCGUUCUGGACUGGACUGUGAUGCAUUAAAAGUUGAAUUGAUCAACAGAAGAAUUGGAUAUGGGGUUUUUGCAACUCAAAAUUUUCCAAAAGGAAGCUUUUUGGUAGAAUAUGUUGGAGAGAGAAUUGUGCCCAAGGAAGCAGAAGAAAGAGAAAAGAAGCGCAAAAUAAAACAUACUAGUUAUAUGUUUUACUCUAAGUGGAAUGGUCUGAAGUGCAUUGAUGCAACUAACACUGAAAGAAAGGGGAAGUAUAUAAAGGACGAGGAAGUCGGAAGUCCGUUGAAUAACUGUGUUAUGCGCCUUUUGGUUACCGAGAAUUAUCCAAGGCUCUGCCUCUUUGCAAAUAGAGAUAUUAAAGCUGGAGAAGAGUUAAGAUAUGAUUAUGGGGAAGCCAACCUACCUUGGCGACAAGACAGUGAGGAGAACAAUGAAGAAACUAUUGAUACUGAAACCGAGAGUGAAAAAGAAGUUGAUGAUGAUUCCAACACUGCAUCCCCCAUGGAAGUUCCAUGUAAAAGUAAAAAGCUAAGCACAGAGAGAUCAUCAUGCCCACCCCAUGCAAAACCUGAGGCUCAAGGACAAGUCAGUGUUCAACGUCACACAUGGACUGCUUUAGAAAGGCAUCCUUGGAGCGACAGUUUAAUAACUUUAUCAAACUAGGGAAAACUCCUGGUCAGCUUGACUGUUUAAACGCCAUUAGGAAGGAAAAGGCAUAUCAGGCUUCACGUGGCGCAAUGUGAAGUUUGCUGUCAAAAACAUAAUACCUCUCGUCUGAGAAGUUGCAGAAAAUGAAAUUCCAAGUGGUCGCAACGUUAAAUUUCUAUGUGUUAUAAUUAUGUUACCGUAAUGAAGUUCGAAUGCAUACUGUUUGUGCUGUAUUAUCAAUUUGUUAAUAACAUUAUGCCAGUAUCUAAAUUUAAUACAGGGUGCAUGCAUUUGUGACAAAUGCUUAUUGGCUUAUACAAAUGUACAUUUAUUUUUUUGUCUGUUAUUCUACUUCCUAUUCCAUGAAACAUUUUGAAAUGGCAGAAAUGGGUAGACAUUAUUUGAUAUUUUAAUUGAUAAAAUAUGAUCAGAAAUGUAAAGAAGGGCACGCAUCAUGCAUGAUAAUGUCAAUAAUUGAUUGAAAUUAUUUGAAUUCAUAAACAAAAUUCCAUAUAUCAUGAAUUGCUAUGAAAUUAUGUACUUUUAAAUUUUAGAUUAAAGUUGUUUGAUCCUAAAAUAAAAUGAAUUAUAAUUAAGA